UUAGUUUUUGAUCAUCCAAGAGUGGGAAGUGUCUUCUUGUGGGGACCGAGGGGGAGCUGUGCCAACCUGGAACAUGGUGCCUAACAUCCAGCCGCCAGUGCCCCUCCAGCACAGAGGGGCAGCACCAGUCAUGCUGCUUCUGCUCUGCUGUAUGGUGGUCUGCUCCCAUGCAGACAGCACGCUGAGUUUCGUCAAAACCCCUGAGGACCAGACGGGCAUCUCGGGCAGCGUGGCGUCGUUUGUGUGCCAGGCGACGGGAGAACCCAAGCCCAGGAUCACCUGGAUGAAGAAGGGGAAGAAAGUCAGCUCCCAGCGCUUUGAGGUGAUCGACUUCGAUGACAGCUCUGGCUCGGUGCUGCGGAUCCAGCCCCUGCGCACCCACCGGGACGAGGCUAUCUACGAGUGCACCGCCACCAAUAGCGCCGGGGAGAUCAACACCAGCGCCAAACUCACCGUGCUAGAAGAGAACCAGACCCCUCAUGGUUUCCCCACCAUAGACGUGGGUCCCCAGCUGAAGGUGGUGGAGAAGACUCGUACAGCCAUCAUGCUGUGUGCGGCCAGUGGCAACCCUGACCCAGAGAUCUCCUGGUUCAAAGACUUCCUGCCUGUGGAUAUAAACAGCAGCAAUGGACGCAUCAAGCAGCUUCGCUCAGGCGCACUGCAGAUUGAGAACAGUGAGGAGAUGGACCAGGGGAAGUACGAGUGUGUUGCCAUGAACAGCGCCGGCACCCGCUACUCCGCACCUGCCAAUCUCUACGUUCGAAUGUCUUUGUUGCGCCGCUAUGUGCCCCCGCGCUUCUCCAUCACCCCCACCAACCGUGAGGUGAUGCCGGGCGGGAGCGUCAACCUGACCUGCGUGGCGGUGGGCUCCCCCAUGCCCUACGUCAAGUGGAUGAUGGGCCAGGUGGAGCUGACCGAGGAGGAGGAGAUGCCCGUGGGACGCAAUGUGUUGGAGGUCACCAACAUCCGAGAGUCAGCCAAUUACACCUGUGUGGCCUUAUCCUCCCUGGGCAUGAUCGAGGCCACCGUACAGGUCACAGUCAAAGGCCGCGGGCCGCCCAGUGACCCCGUGGAGACUCGCACGGGCGAGCAGGCCCCCUCCUCGCCGCCGCUGGCCGUGCAGGCCCUCAUGCUGAGCGCCAGCACCAUGCUGGUGCUGUGGGAGCCUCCUGAGGAGCCCAACGGCCAGAUCCGGGGUUACCGGGUGUACUACACCUCGGACAUGGACGCCCCGCUCAGCGCCUGGCAGAAGCACAACACGGGAAACAGCAGGCACACCCUCAUCUCCAGCCUGACCACGGACAUCAUCUACAGCCUGCGCGUCCUGGGCUUCACCUCUGUGGGGGACGGGCCGCCCUCCGACGUGCUGCAAGUCAAGACCCAGGAGGGAGUGCGCCGCCGUGUGCCCCCGCGCUUCUUGAUCCCCCCCACCAACCGUGAGGUGAUGCCGGGCGGGAGCGUCAACCUGACCUGCGUGGCGGUGGGCUCCCCCAUGCCCUACGUCAAGUGGAUGAUGGGCCAGGUGGAGCUGACCGAGGAGGAGGAGAUACCCAUGCCAUUCAACGUGUUGGAGGUCACCAACAUCCGAGAGUCAGCCAACUACACCUGUGUGGCCAUAUCCUCCCUGGGCAUGAUCGAGGCCACCGUACAGGUCACAGUCAAAGCCCUGCCCAAGCCCCCCGCCUCACUCAUCGUCACGGAGACCACCGCCACCAGUGUAACGCAAAGCCACAGACAAACCACAGCUUGGCCAUGAUGAUGAACAUGAUAACCCAUGGCCAACAUGAUCCUACAGUAUUCAGACAAUGGAGUCUGACAAAACGAACUUUUCCUGGAUUUAUAAGAACAUUCCCCAAGGACUACAUCAUUCAUGGACACUAUUUCAAUGACAGUUGUUAAUGUGUGCUUUGCUUAUUUACUUAGAAUGUUGUUUAAUUGAUGUUUGAUUAUAACUUCCCUUCAGAAAGAGUUACGUUAGUCAAUUUUAUUAUUCAAAUAAUUGUAUCAGACUAACAAAACCAUUUAUGAAUGUUGAAUUGUUAUAUUUUGAAGUAUAAGCAAUCCAUGAACAUUUGAAAUACUGAACUCAAAAGUUACCAAUCAUUUCAAACCAAUACGUGAAUCUCAAGGAAACGCCCAUUCGGAGUAACUGAGUUCACCUUCAAAAGGACCCCCCUUUCGCUUGGAUUAUAAAACCCUGACGCACAAGCAAACCUUGGUUUUUCGUAGGAGUUAAACUGGAGUGAACAUGUCAUUCCUAACCUAUUCCUCAAAUUAAGCAAAUUCCCUGGACCACCCAGAACUUUGAUGAAAGAUUCCCUUGCUCUAUUCGUUGGACGUCAACAACGGAACUAUUGACACUUCUUCUUCAAACGACAAAAGUCGUGUAGCGUUUGCUACAUGUCUUACUUGUGACAUUGGCAUGUUGUGAUUUAAUUUGCCUGUUUGAUUUAGUUUACAAAUGAUUUAACCUAACUUUCGUGAGGAUUAGUUACCAUAGACUGUCCAUCUAAAGAAGCCUAUCUCUCUCUCCCUUCCCCCUCCCCACGUGCUCUCCACAAGCCAUUGUGUAUUCCGCUCUCAUUAUAGUAUAGACUAGGCCCUACUGUAUACUGUUCAACUCAACCCAUAACUUCUCUGGUAUUUGUUCAUUAUAAUGACAUUUUCUUAAAUAAAUCAUUGUGU